AGCAGAAGCUAGCUUGCUCGCUAGCGUGCCAGUAAUUUGUCUGAAGUUGGGAUUUGUUGUAGUGUUUUACUCACCAUUUUUACAAGUUAUCUUUCAGUGUGCUCUCGCUAAUGUUAGUUGCCUACUACCGCAGAGUUUACCAAGCUUUAUCGAGGCGCACGUUUUAAAAUUGAAACAUGGCACGGCUCACCACCGGAUGAAAUCGAUCGAUCGAUCGUGUGGUUUUUAAUUUUCAGAGCGAUUAACCAGGAGAUCCAGCAGUAGGCAAAAGUGCCCUCUCGCAGAUGUUCCACAGCGAUGGAACACUCUUCCAGAAGAACUACAGCAUGACGACCGGAGUGGAGCUGCUUAUCAAAAGUGUCAACAUCCCCGAGAGCGGCGACAGCGUGGAGCUUUACAUCAUCGACUCUGCGGGGAAGGAAUCCUUGGUGGAAGCCAACGAGAAAAUGUGGGGGGUGCCGUCUCUGCUGUGCCUGGUGUUUGACCUGGCCAGUGAGCGCUCCUUCGGCAGCUGCGCUCGAUGGAUGGAGAGGGUCCGCACUCACUGCAAGGGUCUUCAGGUUCCCGGGGUUCUGGUGGGCAACAAAUGUGACCUGUCGGCCAGGAGGGAGGUGCCAACGUCCGUGGCCCAGGAGUGGGCCCAAAGCCAGGGGCUGGAGUACCACGAAACCUCUGCCAAGGAGAUGGAGAAAUGUGACGCCCCUCUCCUCAGCUUAGCCCGGGCCUUUCACGCUCUCUACCAGGAACGCAGAGAGGCCAUACAGAACCUGAGUCCAGGCUAGACACACACACACACACACACACACACACACACACACACACACACACACACACACACACACACACA